AUGUGGAAUACAAUAGAUUUUCGUAUUGAAGGCAAGUUGUGUCAACUUCUGCAUUCGGAGAACAAGCUGAAUAAAAGGUAUAAUGUUUUGGGACUGGAGGAACAAAUUAAGAAUUGGAGUGUUGCUCAAAUAAAGAAAUUUUAUAAGCGUUGGUACUUUCUUGGUAAUGCAACCUUAUAUAUUGUCGGGGAUAUCAACGAUGUUUCUAAAACAAUUGUUGCAAUACAAGAAGCCUUUGGAAAAUCUAAAAGAUUUCAGAACAAGAGAUCAGUUGAAAUAUUUAAAAAUAAAGGGCAUGGUCAUCCUAUUCGGCCUCUAACACUCCAUAAUUGGUCACUCGCGCGAAGCAACACAGAUGAUCGAAAACCUCUGCAAAUUUUUCAACACAACCUUAUCCACAAUUUUUCCUUUUAUAUCUUCUCUAAGGUUCCAGUGAACAAGUUUCAAACAUAUGGCGACCUACGAAAUUUCGUAAUGAAGCAAAUAUAUCUUUCUGCUUUACAAUUCCGGAUUAAUGCAAAAUAUAAGAGUUCAAAUUCAUCCGCAACAUUAAUUGAAUUAAGCCAUUUUGAUAAGUAUUGUACUGGAUGUGCCCGUACUCUUCUUGGUACCACAAGCGAGCCUAAGGAUUGGAAAACUGCAAUAAAAGUAGCUUUCCACGAGGUUCAGAGGCUAAAAGAGUUGGGGAUUAGUUAUGAUGAGUUUACUCUUCAUAAGGAUGUAAUUUUGAAUGAUAGUGCAAAUUUUAUAGCCGUGCUUGAUGACGAUUCAUCUUCUGAUAUCAUUAAGUUAAUCAUGCGUAAUGAUGCACUUGGCCGUGCUACAAUGGAGGUAAGGGAAGCACAUAAAGUUUUAGCAGCUGUUGCUACAACAAUUACGCUUGACGAGGUAAUUAGCUAAUAAAUAUGUAGGGUCACCGUAAAUCCUAGUGAAAUUGAAUUUGCUAUGAAACAAGGAUUGGACGACAUCAUUUAUGCUGAACCUCAGAUUGAGACGCCAACAGAGUUGAUAUCUCAAUCACAGUUACAAGAAUUAUGGUUAGAGCGCCAACCGUCUUUCGUUCCCCUAACAAAUUCAAACCAAGAUGUGAAGAAACUUCAUGAUAAGAGAACCAAUAUCAUUCAUCGUCGUCUUUCAAAUGGAAUAUCUAUCAUUUAUAAGAUGUCAAAAAAUGAAGGCCAUGAAAGUGUAAUACGAGUUAUAAUAGGUGCUGGAAGAGCACAUGAAAGUUCAGAUUUAAAAGGAGCUAUUGCGUUGGGUGUCCAAACUCUUUGUGAGGGAGGUUGUGUUGGCAACUUUUCCAAUGAGCAGGUAAAACUUUUUUGUUUGAAAAAUAUGAUUGAUUAUUCGUUGGAGUGCACCGAGGAAUUUAUCACUGUGGAGGUGAGCUUUACAUCAAGAGAUAAUGGGAUGCAAGCAGCUUUCCAAUUGCUUCAUAUGUUGCUCGAGCAAAGUAUUUGGUUAGAAGAUGCAUUUGAUAGAGCAAGACAAUUGCUCUUGUCAAACUUUCAAUCCAAUUUGAAGAGUUUAGAGCAAUCUACAGCUCGCAAACUCAUGUUGGCAAUGUUGGAAGAUGAACGGUUUAUCGAGCCAACACAAAAAUCAUUAAAAAAUUUAACGUUGCAAUCUGUCAAGGAUGCAUCGUUGAACAAAUUUAUAGGAAAUAAUAUCGAGGUAAGUAUAGUGGGUGACUUCUCUGAAGAAGAUAUAGAAUCUUGUAUCAUUAACUAUUUGGGUACAAUUAAAGCUACAGAAAAUUUCAAGAAUGGACCUCAUCAGUAUGAACCAAUUAUGUGUAGUGCUUCUCCAUCCCAUUUACAAUCACGAGUUUUUUUAAAGGAUACUGAAGAGAGAACAUAUGCAUGUGUCGCGGGCCUUGCACCAAAUAUAUGGGGAUUCAACAUUGAUGGAAAACACUAUCUUGAGUCGAAGUUAAUUGUCGGGGAAAAUUGGAUAAGUAAUCUUCAUAGACAUCCGUUUUUCUUUCUCAUCACAAUGGAGUUCCUGACCGAACUUAUAGACACACGGCUCGUUGAAGCUGUUAAUGGUUCUUAUUUGGCAUAUCAAGCAAAAUUGGAUGUACACUUGUGUCAUAAGCUAAAUCUUGGAUGGUAUGUGAUAUCCAUAUCAUCAACUCCUUCUAAGGUUCAUAAAACUGUUGAUGCGUGCAAGAAAGUUGUUAAAGAUUUUCGUAGUGUGAGAUUUUCUUCAGACGAUUUGGAGGAGGUACGAGAAUGUAUGCUAAAGAGACACGAAGAAGAAAUGAUGUCAAAUUCUUAUUGGCUUAAAUUGUUAUGCCUUUUGCAAGCUUCUUAUGUUUCAAGGAAGGACAUAUCAUGCCUUGGAGAUCUUGCAUCCUUGUACAAAGCUGUCACUAUGGAGGAUAUAUACUUAGCAUAUGAUCAUUUAAAAAUUAGUGAAGAUUCUAUAUAUUCAUGCAUUGGGAUAGCAAGGUAGCUUGCAAUUACUAGUCAUAAAUCCGUGCAACGUACACUAUAUUGUGUAGUUUCAAGGGAAAAACCAGAAAUGUCACUCUAGAUAGCAAGUAAUAUUAUUUAAU